AAAUGGCCUAACGACCCGAAACAUGACGGCCGCAUGUGGUCUGCGUAUCCUCAUUUUGCAGGCCUGGUGGGAGGCGCCCAGGGAAGAAAGCUGGGUCUACCAUUCGGAGAAGGAGACUGGAGACCCUAGUGCGAGUGGAAGACGCUUCUAUAGGCGGAGAACGAACAGGACCAGAGCGAGUGCAUUCGCGUCUUUGUCGCGGUCUGGACGGAAGCAUGAUGAUGGUGGUAAUGGCGUUGCAGGUGGUCUGUCGAGAAGCGUGUCGGGUUCGUCGUGUGACUUAAGGCAGGUUCUUAUUGGCAUUGAAGAGAGAGAGGGAACGUUACACUGAGGGAUCCUAGUAGCUAUCAGUAUUACUGCGACUAUUUGUUCAUAAUUGAUCUGAUGAUCAUGAUCUAACUCAUCAAAACAGAAACUGGCCUGCCUUCGCCGCAGUUUCUUGCAGACUCGCUCAGCGCUAUGCGAGACGGCACGGCUACGACUACAUUCUAGACUUGUACCAUGAACCGUUGUACUACUAUCCGAAGAUCGUGAAAUACUACUGGAUCAAGGUCCUGAGCCUAAUCCGCCAUGCCCCAUUCUACGAUUACACCAUGCAACUGG